GUUACUAUAUAUAUUAUACAAUACUAUAAAGUGUUAAAAGAUCAAUAUGGCUUCUUCCAUGGUUGCUGCAGCGACAGUUCGUGCUGUCAAAGGUAGAAAAAUAUUAGCCACGCGCGCUGCGCUUACUUUAACACCAAGUGCAGUAAAAAAAAUCAAAGAAUUAUUGAAAGAUAAAAGUGAAUUUAUUGGUCUAAGAGUAAGUGUGAAACAACGAGGAUGUAAUGGUCUUAGUUAUACUCUAGAUUAUGCCAAAGAAAAGUCUAAACUUGAUGAAGAAGUUAUUCAAGAUGGUGUUUGUAUUAUGAUCGAUAAAAAGGCACAAUUAUCUUUAUUAGGUACUGAAAUGGAUUAUAUAGAAACUAAAUUAAGUUCUGAAUUUAUUUUUAAUAAUCCAAAUAUCAAAGGUACAUGUGGAUGUGGAGAAAGUUUCUCCGUUUAGUUACUUUAUAAAAUUGUAGUUAACAUAGAUCAUUCAAUUGAUAAAUUUUAGUAAAAUGUAAGUUUACAAGCAUAUAACUUUACUAAAUGACACCUUUUUAAUUUUUUCUAUAAAUAUCCAUCAAUUUGGAUAUUUAAUCUUAAAAUUUAUAAUAAUUAUAAUAUUAAAGAUGUCAUGUAAAGGUAAUAGAAAAAUCACUAUUGUUUACUAAAAAUUUUUUUUGUUAUAAAAAAGGAAAAAUUGAUAGUAUGACAGAUGUAACAUUAUACAAUAUUACAUUCAUACAUACACGUACACAAAAUAUGUUACAAGAUAUGAAGGAAUGUGUAACAAUUAUCAUAAGUAAAUUUAAAUUUGAAUUGGUAAAAAUUU